GUGUAGUGGCUAAAUGCAUGUUGUUAGCACGUGAUUCAGAAAUUUAGCAUGACGGGGUGGGUUUGGAAUGUCAUGGGAAGGUCACGUGGGCCGUUUAAGCCGCCGUAAAUAUAGAUGGAAAACAGUAUUUUCAUCCGUCACUGCCUGAGAAGUUUGACGUCAGCUCAAGUGGACGUUAACCGCCACGGGAAAGAAGCAGAAGACUCGGUCCACACUCACAUGCCUCUACUCGUAACAUUCGUAAUCGCUUAAUGCUAUGCUUAGCAUGGACAAUUUUUUUAUUUUUAGGAAUGAUAAUAAUCUGACAGCAGACAUACAUGAACCCUCUUUGAUCUUCUCUUAUGCAAUAUCGACAAAAUCCCAAAAGAGUGAAUCACGGCCCCAUGUGGAUACGCAAACCACAUCAGUGGCAUAAACCCGUAAAUUAUAGUAAAACCUAGUGGUAUUUUCAAAGUUGAAAAUCUAUAUAAGCAAUUGUAGCUCCUCUCAUGAUCUCCCAUAAUUUUAUCAAAAUCAUCCAUCUACUUUUCCCUAGUCUUUCUACUUUGGUCGUUCACGAUGAAAGGAGGCAGCGUCGCGUUUCUCUUCGUUCUUCUCAUCUCCACCGUCACCUCCGUCUUCUGCUUCCGCGACGGUAUGUUACCAAACGGCGGAUUCGAGCGAGGACCAAAACCAUCGGACCUGAAAGGAACACGAGUGAUAAACAAGAACGCGAUUCCAAACUGGGAGCUCUCUGGCUUCAUAGAAUACAUCAAGUCCGGUCAAAAACAAGGAGACAUGCUCCUCGUAGUCCCCGCCGGAAAGUUCGCAGUCCGGCUAGGCAACGAGGCAUCGAUCAAACAAAGAGUUAAUGUGACAAAAGGAAUGUACUACUCUCUCACUUUCAGUGCCGCAAGGACUUGUGCUCAAGACGAACGGCUCAACAUAUCCGUUGCACCUGACUCGGGCGUUAUUCCUAUUCAGACGCUGUACAGUAGCAACGGGUGGGACCUAUACGCUUGGGCGUUGCAGGCCCAGAGUGAUGUGGCUGAGAUCGUGAUUCAUAAUCCUGGCGAGGAAGAACAUCCUGCUUGUGGUCCACUCAUUGAUGGUGUAGCAAUCAAGGCUCUAUACCCUCCUAGACCUACCAAUAAGAAUAUAUUGAAAAACGGAGGAUUUGAAGAAGGUCCCUACAUAAUCCCAAAUGCAACAACCGGUGUUCUGAUUCCUCCCUUCAUAGAAGAUGACCACUCUCCUUUACCAGCAUGGAUUAUAGAAUCCCUCAAGGCCGUCAAAUACGUUGACGUGGAACACUUCUCGGUCCCACAAGGCCGUCGAGCCGUGGAACUGGUCGCGGGGAAAGAGAGCGCAAUCGCUCAGGUGGCUAGGACCAUUGUCGGGAAGAGUUACGUGCUUUCGUUUGCGGUUGGAGAUGCCAACAAUGCUUGCAAAGGCUCGAUGAUAGUCGAGGCGUUUGCCGGCAAAGACACUUUGAAGGUUGCUUAUGAGUCGAAAGGGAAAGGAGGUUUCAAACGUGCUGCUUUGCGGUUCGUGGCAGUUUCUAACCGCACUAGGGUUAUGUUUUACAGCACGUUUUACGCGAUGAGAAGUGAUGAUUUCUCGUCGCUGUGUGGUCCUGUGAUCGACGAUGUUAAGCUCCUCAGCGUUGGUAAACCCUGAAAUGGUUUAAUACCGAAAGAGUAGUUGUGGUCUUGUGGUGUAGGGUUUUUAUAUAAGACAGAAAGGUCAUGCUUAUCUAUUUUCUUGUAUGAGAAGACUUAUGAAGAAAUGUUGUCUUCUUUUUUUAUUACUACAUAUAUUGGGGAUUUACGAGAUUAAUAAAGGUGUAAUACAGAGAUAUCCAUAUGACACAGAUCAAUGAUGAUAAUAAUUUGAUGU